UUACCACUCUAACUAAGUCAUAGUCAAAGAGAGAAAGAAACUUAAGUUAAUUUAUUCCUGGGACAUCAAGAGAAUGGAGGAUCACAUUGGAAGCAGUUCCUCUAAUGGUGGCAUCAAGGAACAAGACCGGUUGUUGCCAAUAGCCAAUGUUGGCAGGAUCAUGAAGCAGAUUCUACCUCAGAAUGCAAAAAUCUCCAAGGAAUCAAAGGAGACAAUGCAAGAGUGUGUGUCAGAGUUCAUAAGCUUCGUCACGAGUGAGGCCUCGGAGAAGUGCAGGAAGGAGAGGAGGAAGACUGUGAAUGGAGAUGACAUAUGCUGGGCCUUGGGAACACUAGGAUUUGAUGAUUAUGCAGAUCCAAUGAGAAGGUAUUUGCACAGAUACAGAGAACUAGAGGUAGAUAGAACUCAUCAAGAAAGAGGUAAUAGCCCUGAAGAGAAGGAUGAACUUUUUAAGCUGUCCCAAAGAGGAACUAGGCACUGAAAUUAAUAGCAUGUUUGGUUUCACGAUUUUACACAAAAUCCAAAGCACGUUUACUCAGAAGCUAAGAUCUGAUUUUGGCUUCAGAAUCAACUGUAGCUUAUCAGCAGAAGUAAUUAUGGAGCAUUUCACGGUGGAACCAAAAAUGCUGUAAAACCAAAAUCAGGAGUAGAAUUAAUUUGUCUUGGACUGAGAGUAGGUGAAGAUAUCUCCAUCUUAAAGCCAGUUUAAGGUUUUGAGCAUGAGAUAUAAUGUAAUGGUUUUAUUGUCUUAACUGGAUUUAAUUGCGUGAAGAUUCAAGAACUAAAUUACUUGUUGUUUAUUGUUAUAUGUACUUCCUUGUUUAUGCAAUUGAUUUUUUUCCUCCCAUUUUGAGAUCAAUGAA